GCCUAGCAAAGAGUGCCCGGGGAUCCAAAACUGCAGGCCGCACUUAGCUUACCGUCAAAAAUAAACCAAAACAAUAACAGACAAAACUGAGAACGGGAAGAAACGCCGAUACACACGGAAGACUUCGUUAUCAGGUCUCCUUCUACUGAUGGAAGGAAGCACCAACCCAUUAGUUUUAUUCUAGAGUCUUGCAUCAAAUGUAAAGGACUUAACUUAGUCAAGACAUGGACCAAGGUGGAGGGGUGCUGGAAUUACACACUCAGGAGCUGAAGAUGCCCCAUACUAUGAUCAUGCAGGACUUCGUGGCAGGAAUGGGAGGCUUGGCUCAUAUUGAUGGGGAGCACAUUGUGGUGUCAGUGCCCGAGGGCAUGCUUCUGUCUGAUGUGAUGACAGAUGAGGGCAUCCUGCUGGAGCACGGCCUUGAGGUGGAAGGCCUGGAGACGCAGGUUGUGGAAGGCCUGGAGACGGAGGUAGUAGAAGGCUUAGAGACAGAGGUAGUGGAGAGCCUAGAGACAGAUGUGGAGGGCCUAGAGGCAGAAGUGGUGGAUGGCCUACAGACCCAAGUGGUAGAGCUGGAGGCUCAGGUGGUUGAGGGCCUGGAGGGGGAAGUGGAAGUUGAGGGUCUAGAGGCACACGUGGUGGAGGGCCUUGAGACUGAAGUAGACGUUGAGGGUUUGGAAGCCCAUGUUGUGCAGGGCUUGGAGGAGGAGGUGGAGGUGGAAGGCCUUGAAUCCGAAGUUGUCGAAGGUCUCGAAGUAGAUGUGGGAGACCUACAGCCUGAAACAGUGGAGAGUCAUGAAAUCAGAAAUGAAGACAUGGUUCCCUCAGAACAUAAUGUGAUCUUGCCUGAGAACAUUCUGGGGACAGAGGUUGCUAUUGAAGAAGCUCUCGACCCUCACCACCACCACCACCACCACCACCACCACGUCCUGACUUCUGACCUCAUCCAGGACUCGGACCAUCAACAUGAUGACAUGCCUGACCAGGUGUUUGUGGCAGAGCUUCUAUCUGAGCAUCAGGACAAUACCCUGGACCAGCAGCUUGUGUCCGAAGGUGUGAUGGUAGCAGAGGCCGAUUCUGAAACCAUUAUCCAUGAGCAGCUGCCAACAGAGGCUGUCACCCUGCAGACAGACGAGGAUGAUGAUGGCAGAAGCAGCUCUGAGGAUUACCUCAUGAUCUCCUUGGAUGAGGUUGGGGAGAAGCUGGACAUCGGAGACACACCUCUGGAAAUCAGCACAGAGGUGAUGGAAGACAAGGAAUCUAAAGAAGAGGAUGGAUCUGAGGUCAUCAAAGUCUAUAUUUUCAAAGCUGAAGCAGAUGAUGAUUUGGGAGGGACAGAGGUGAUAACGGAGGAUGAUUACCAAAAUGGUCAUCCUGAUCUGGAAGCUGCAUCUUCAGGCAGACUAGGAGUUGGCCGUGACAAGAUGGUCUACAUGGCAGUCAAGAAUCAUCCUAAAGAAGAAGAGGAUGAGGAUGAGGAGGAGGAUGACGACAGCGACGAUGAUGAUGAUGACAUCAGUAACAGCAUUGACCCUGUAAAGAAUGGAGCAGCCACAUCUUUUCUGCAAAUCAGAGAGGGACUGGGUACCAACCGUGCCCUCAAACCCAAGACGAAGAAAAAGAAGAAGGGGGAAACACGGCAGUGUCAGACUGCUGUUAUCAUUGGCCCAGAUGGCAUGCCUCUGACCGUCUACCCUUGCCAUAUCUGUGGAAAGAAGUUCCGCACACGAGGCUUCCUUAAGUGCCAUAUGAAGAACCACCCAGACCACCUGCUAAAGAAAAAGUACCAGUGUACAGACUGCGACUUCACCACCAACAAGAAAGUGAAUUUCCACAACCACCUGGAGAGCCACAAGCUGCUGAGCCACCACACUGAGCGGUCUCCAGAAUACACAGAGUACACACGCCGCUACCACGAGUCCAGCCCCCUGGGCUCCGACAAGCUCAUCGUCAAGGACCGGGAGCCCAAACUGCACCACUGCAAGUACUGUGAUUAUGAGACAGCCGAGCAGGGCCUGCUCAACCGCCACCUGCUGGCCGUGCACAGUAAGAACUUCGCUCAUGUGUGCGUGGAGUGCGCCAAAGGCUUCCGUCACCCCUCGGAGCUCAAGAAACACAUGCGGACCCACACGGGUGAGAAGCCCUACCACUGCCCACACUGCGAGUUCCGCUGCGCUGAUCAGUCCAACCUAAAGACUCACAUCAAGAGUAAGCAUGGCGCAGACCUGCCCUUCAAGUGCAGCCACUGCCCACAGGCCUAUGCUGAUGCUCGGGAGCUCCAGCGUCAUAUAGAGAUGGUGCAAGGCCACAAGACCCACCAGUGCCCACACUGUGAGCACAAAAGCACCAACUCCAGUGACCUAAAGCGUCACAUCAUCUCUGUGCACACCAAGGACUUCCCUCACCAAUGUGAUGUGUGCGAGAAGGGCUUCCAUAGGCCUUCAGAGCUGAAGAAACAUGCGGAGACACACAAGGGCAACAAGGUGCACCAGUGCAGGCAUUGUAACUUCAAUGCUCCAGACACCUUCACCCUGAGUCGCCACAUCCUGUCCUUGCAUACAAAGGACCUCCCGUUUAAGUGCAAGCGCUGCCGGCGAGGCUUCCGGCAGCCUGCAGAGCUGAAGAAGCAUAUGAAGACGCACAGCGGGAGAAAGGUUUACCAGUGCCAGUAUUGCGAAUACAACAGUACGGACGCUUCUGGCUUCAAACGCCAUGUCAUCUCCAUCCACACCAAGGACUACCCCCACCGCUGUGACUACUGCACCAAGGGCUUUAGGAGGCCUUCAGAGAAAAGCCAGCACAUAGCCAGGCAUCACAAAGACAUGUUAAUGUAAUGUCAUCAUCACAUAGCACACACAGAAAUAAACACACCCACACCUCUUUCGCUAGAAAAUCUGUCACACACCCAGAGAUAAUCUUGUCAAUUAACAGAGGAAUGAUGGGUAUAGACUGUUUGAUGAUUAUGACAUCAUUCUAACUGAUGACCAUUCUGUGUUUUGUGGUGAAAUGGGUCUAGUCCCCCAACCCCCCUACACCCCACCCCACCUCCCAAAAAAAAAAAAAAGAAAUGUAACACAAGAAAUUAAUUUUAGGUUGGGGGCAAAGUUAACAAAGUGUAUAAAUAUAGUAGGACCGCUGUAUCUUUUGUCUUGUUUGUUGCAGAGGAUUCACAUAUGAACAUAUAUUCAGGGGUUUCAAAUUUCUAUAUUUUUAUACCCACUCGGCUAAAAUGCUGCAAUAUGACGACUGUGUCCUGUAAUAUAGAAAGUGGUGCUUUGUGAACGUCAUGCCAGUUCUUCAGAUGAUAUGAAAUGUGUAUAGGAGAAAUUUGGCUCCAUAGUACUUCCCCCUUACUAACCAGCUUUUACCCUGACAUUUUAUUUUUAUUUUUUUCAAAUGCCAUCUCAACAUUAACUUGAGGGCCAGGGCUAUUUGCAAGAUCAAAAAAAAAUUGACCAUGUUUACUUACAUAAUGCACCUUAAAAGAAUAUUCCAUAAAUCAAACAGUCCCUCAAUUUUGUAUUGCUGUGGUUUCCCUCUCAAACCUGCGCACUAAAAUAGUGCCAAUAAAUUAACCAUGUAUAUUGUGUGUACUGUUCUAGAGAAUUUAACCUGUUCAUGUGGAUUUUAAGAAUGGGUGGAGCAGUAGUGUCUAGAAAAGAAAUGGGUUCAGUUGAGCAAUCAGUGGAAUAUUCUUUUGUUGCUAACAAACAUAAAAAAAAAACCCAUACAUAACCCAAAACAUAGCAUAAAAUCAACCCAUUUCUGGAACAGCUUUCUUUUCCCCUGAUGGCACAGAUUACUAAUCACUGUAUCGAUGUUUUGUGAGCUUGGCAGAUGUUUAAGUGCAGAAUGUUGGAUGAACCUCUGAUGUAUUUUUUUUCUUUUUUCUCCCUGACUGCCUCUGUAAGAAGUGUAUGUGUGAUAUUACCAGUGACACAGAUGUGCUCUCUCUGCUAACCAUUUGAUUGCAACCAUGCCUUACAUCUGUUGGUAUUUAUUCCUCAAGCACUGAACACGACUGAUCAAAAAAGACAAGUGAUUUUUUUAUUGUCUCAGACAUGCUUUAUGAAUACCAUUCACCGAGAGAUUGCGUAUGUUCGAGUUGGUAGAAAGCACUUUAAUUACCUUUUUUUUUGUAAAUUACAUGUGCGGGGAGUAUGUAUGUAAUCCCUGGAAAAUAGACAAUUACUGAGCUUCGUGAGUGGAUAAAGACUUUUUGAGUGUUGUUGCCUCACAGGUGAGAAAGUAUCAUCUGCCAUCAAUGAUCUGUCAACUAAAGUGAAACCAUCUGUUGUUCUGUUCUAUGGAUAAGUGAAUGGGUUUUGUGUUUCUGUCUGUGUUCACUAACUCCAUUUCCCAGACCGUACAAGUUCGUAAGUGAAUCCCAAGCAUGGGAUGUCACCUUCAAAUGUAAUGGACAUAUUGGCAUUAGUCUUAAAAGUAUGCACAUAUGCUGUCUCAUAAAAUUAAUUGUAUGUGUGUGUGUGUGUCUAUAUAUAUAGACACACACACACACAUAUACACACACAUAUACAUGUGUAUAUAUAUAUAUAUAUGUACACAUGUAUGUGUAUAUGCGUGUGUGUAUAUAUAUAUAAUUAUACACGUGUAUAUAUUAUAUACAUAUAUAUAUAUACACACAUACAUAUAUACACACACACACACAUAUUAAAGAUCCAUGCAUUUUGUGUACCUUUAGUCUAAUUUUCUUUCAGUCUGAUUGUGGAUAAACUACUGGUGGGGAGGAACCAAAAUAAACAA